AAGCGAUUGAUUUGUGGCCAGGACAGAGGUGCAGAAGAAGAAGAGGCAGUUGAAUACCGUUAGUCUUUUGCAGAUUAGAGGAAUUAGAAGAAAGAAAAGAUGUUGGGGGGUAGCUGGAGGUUCUCCUUCACAAUCACAAUCGCACCACCUUGUUUCUCAAAUAAACGUAAAUAUAGUGCUGCUGCUACUACCACCACCACUAGUGGAUAUGGAUUUUACUGCAGAGCCCUGGAGGAUCAACAGCAGACUCAGCUCACUUCUACUACCCUCAGUGGAAGUCAGAACAAGAAAAAAGUAGUGAUCGUGGGUUCUGGCUGGGCUGGUCUGGCCGCUGCUCACCAUCUCUGCAAACAGGCGUUGGAUGUGACGGUUCUUGAAGGUGGCUACGAAUUUGGGCCCAAAAAUAGAACUCUUGCUCCAGAUGAUGUUGGCAUUCGAGGCUUCUGGUAUCCCUACAAAAAUAUUUUUAAUCUAGUUGAUGAGCUGGACAUUAAGCCUUUCACAAAGUGGACGACCUCCGCAGUAUAUUCUGGAGACGGAUUGGAGGUCAAAUUUCCUCUAUUUCAAGAGGUACCUCAACUGCCAACACCAUUUGGGACAUUGUUAUAUACUCAGCUUGCUCGACUGUCAAGGGUGGACAUGUUGACAUCUCUUCCUCUAAUGGCUGCUGUGAUUGAUUUCGACAACACUGACGCUGCCUGGGAAAACUACGACCCAAUUACUGCAAGGGAGCUCUUUCGACAAUUUGGCUGCUCAGAGAGGCUGUAUCGCUAUGUGCUUGAUCCACUGCUACAAGUGGGAUUGUUUGCUCCUGCAGAGCGAUGUAGUGCUGCAGCGACUCUGGCAAUACUUUACUAUUUUGUCCUUGCUCAGCAGAGACAUUUUGACUUGGUAUUGUGUCGAGGGACAGUCAAGGAUAAGAUUUUUGGUCCAUGGAUGGAUUCACUUAAAUCCCAAGGCUGUAAAUUCCUGACGGGAAGAAAGGUUACGGAUAUAACUAUUGAUGAAGAGACAGGUUGCAUAUCUGAGGUCGUUUGUGGGAAAGAAAGUUUGAAAGCUGAUGCUGUAAUUUUUGCUAUUGGAAUCUCCACUAUGCAGGAAAUAAUUGAAAACAGUGCAGCAUUAUGUACAAGGGAAGAGUUUCUGAAAGUUUUAAACUUGGACAGCAUUGAUAUCCUCACUGUGAAGCUGCAAUUGGACAGAAAGGUUAGCAUACCAAAUGCAAGCAAUGUGUCCUCCAGAUUUGAUGAUUCAACUGGGUGGACCUUUUUCAACCUGAACAUGAUUUACGAUGAGCAUAAUGACGAUUUAGGAACAGUUGUUCAAGCUGAUUUUUAUCACGCCAAUGAUCUGUUGCCUCUCAAGGAUGAAAUAAUAGUCAAGAGAGUAAUGUCUUGCCUUUCAAAGUGCAUUGGCGAUUUUGAGAAGGCUGUGGUGGUUGAUAAAGAUAUUGAAAGAUUUCCCAAGUACUUGCCACACUUCUUUCCAGGUUCUUACAAGUACAUGAUGCGUGGUUCUACAUCGUUCCCAAAUCUGUUCAUGGCUGGAGACUGGAUCAUAAGCCGUCAUGGUUCAUGGUCACAGGAGAAAUCUUUUGUUACGGGACUCGAGGCAGCUAACAGGGUGGUGGACUAUCUUGAGGUGGGAACUUUUGCUAAAAUAAUACCUGUGGAAGAGGAUGAGCCUCACAUUCAAGCUUUUCGGAGUCUAAACAGGAACCUUGAUGAAUUGAGGGGGCAGCUUCCAUGGUCAGACUAUUUUCUACAAUGAUGCAGUUCUGUCUUCUGAUUGAUGUUCAGCAUUUGUUGCGCGGUUUGGAAUAUUCCUUGCUGAACAGUAUUAAAUAGAUGCUCUCAGAUCCCAACAAUUGUGGUGUGGUGUGGUGUUAGGAGAGGUGGAAUUCCAUAGAAACAGGAAACAAUACAACAGUCUCAUAUGUUUCCGCUUUACCUCUUUGAUCUGUCAAAAAUGCGGAUCAAGACUGGAAAAUGUUCUACUAGUUGCUAGGUGUAUCAUGAGCUUCACGAGAUUAGCAAUCUUUUGAUGGAGGACUGUAAAAAUUGACUUCAUCAGCUUGAUUCAAUUACUGCAUUUUGAUCCAUCUAUUGCAGUCA